GUUUACGCCCUCUAAACAAGUGAAACGAAAUUUACAGUCGGAAUAUAUUCCAUGAGCAACACAGAAUCGAAACGGAGAAAAAUUAGUUUAAAAUAAAUAUUCUUGUUAUAUUUUGGCGGCUUGUGCAUAAGUUAAUUGAGGAUGAGUUGUAUGGAGAAGACGCCGCACAAGGGAGACGGUGAUUGCGAAGCCAAGCUCAUCGACCUCAAUCCGGGGCCAGCAUGUCCAGCUCCAUUGAUCUGCCCACUGCAGCCGGAUCCUCCCUCAUAUCGCCUGACGAAGGCUCCGAACCCGGCCAAGGUGGCUCUGGCACCGUACCCCGAAGAGGCUGUCCAGCAGCACAUCCACCAGACUGUGGUGGGUCCAGCCCAGGAGCACCAGAUGCUGCAGGCGGAUCUCCAGGCAGGAGUUGAUCACCAGCAGAAGCAGCUGGCCAACAUGCGAGCGGAUCAGUACAAUCAGUCGCAGAAGCCCAUCUUCACGGAGGAAGUUCAGUUUGCCCGGGCCAUGGACCCCAAUAGGGACAAUCUGCAGAAUCCGCCAUGCUAUUUACCGCAGGCGGGCGACGAUCUGCCACACAAGGAUCAGCUGAUGCCCAUGGGCCCGAUCGGGCCCUGGGCUUCUGGCAAGGUCGAUUGGAGUCCCAUGGCAGGUCUAACGGGAACACGUCCUGUGGUGGAUCGUUACUCGAUCACUCGCUACAGUCCCAACGAGUGGCGAACAAGGAACUAUCAAACGAUUUCAUUGAUCAACGGAGUGCUGGACAAGGCGGAUAAAAACCGCUUUAGUGCCGCCACAGAGUUCCAGCGACUGUCGGCCUUGGUCACGAAAACCCAGACCGAAACCACCGAAAAGUUGAAGCAGCGAUCCCAGCUGAUUGGCAAAUGGAAAAACACUCUGGAGAACGCCAUCAAGGCGAUGGCCGACGAGAUAUCCACAAUGGAAGUGGAACGCAUAAAGCUGCGCAAGUCCCUCGUAAUACUCGGCGUUCCAGAGUCGAUUGCCAAGGAGUGCAUAGAGAAGCGGGCCUCUCGUCCCGACACGGAGCUGGUGAGGGAUCAGACCGAGGAAGAGCUGGUCAACGAGCUGGCGCUGAUUGCCGAGAUACGCCGCCUGCUGAAGAAGACCCUCGAGGAUUUUGAGGCACAGCAGGUUGAGAAUCGCACGGCCAGGCAGCGGCUGGAGUACGACUGGAGUGACAAGAAGGAGGCCUACGAGAUCGAUACCCUCAACCAGGGCCUGAACAAUAAUUCGCGAACGAUUAUGUUCCGGCCCGGGGCUGUGCGUCAGCCCCCGGAGCAGGCAUCAGAGAAGUACUGGGAGCAUUUCAGCAUGGAGACCCUCGAGGACUGUGAGAAGUGCCGCCAGAAGUCGGUGGCCCUGCGCGCCACCCUCAACUCGAUCCUGAUGAACGCCGCCCGCGACAUUCGCACCCAGGCCGAUAUUGUGGAGAAGGCGCUCACGGCCCGCAUCAAUUGCACCCAGGAGGCAGUGCAGCGCUUCGAGAACGAUCUUCGCAACAUCCUGCAGACGCUUGCCGACACCGAGACCCGCAUCCUGAACAUUCGCCGUCGCGUUCGCAGCUUCGACGCCGCCAUGAAGGUGGCCCAGACGCGCAUGGACAACCGCAGCUACCGCCCCAAUGUCGAGAACUGUCGCGACGUGGCCCAGCAGGACCUCAUCGAUGAGGUGCACACCAUCCAGAGCAGCGUAUCCGCGAUGCUCCACGAACUGGACGAGGCCGAGCGAGUCAAGUCCGAUCUGGUGUCGGCACGCGCCGUCCUCGAGCGGGAGAUAAUGCUCAAGCGCCGCACCCUGUUCACGGAUCGGGAGCGCUGUAUGCUGCUCCGCUCGCACUACCCAUCGGCGAAUGCCCUGAGUGGUUCGGCAACCUUCUAGGAAAUAGUUUUCCUGCAAUAGAUCAAAAUUGUUGAGUUAUACUUUGUUUGGUUGUUUAACGUACCAGUAUGUGAGAUGUACGCUUGAUUAAAUUUUUAAUGAA